GGGUGUUCACAGGGGUGGAUAGUGAAUUGCGCGCUUCAACCUGAUUUGCGGCGGCGAGAGCAACGCCGGCCCAGAGAUUGGAUUGCCACCCUGAGUGGCUCCGUCAAACGCGAAGCCUCCGUGGCCCCACGCCAGUUAACUCCUGAGCUGUGAGGUUGCACCAGUGUUUUCCCGUCAAACAAAAACCUAGUAGUGCUCUCAAAGAAAGAGAAAUGAAGAAUCCGAUUAACACAACUACCAUCCCGUCUCAAUUAGUGAGAACAAGCAAUAUAAGUUAUAAUGUCUAACCAUCUGAGUGAGACAAACAAUGCUUCCCAUCCAAUUCUUUCAAAUUAUGCAUUUGACUCGUCCAUACCUACUAGUGUUACUUUGGAGCCUUCUGGCACUCCGGGUACUUCAACGGAUUCUUCAGUAACAAGUUCAAUGGCUGCAGCUGCAGCGGCCGCUCAUUUCUACCAACAGCAUCAACAAGCAGCUGCAGCUGCAGCGGCUAAUUUUGACUCAAACCCUGGAAACCAACCCCAAAUUGCAGUGGCAGCAGCCGCUGCAGCCGCCGCCGCAGCAGCUCAGGCAGAAUCUUCGCCCAGGUACCCAUGGAUGUCUAUUACAGAAAGGUUUAUCAACGGGUCGUUGCAAGGAUUCCCCUGGGGAGGUCCGAACGGUUGUCCAAGACGACGGGGUCGUCAAACCUACACCCGGUUUCAGACUUUGGAGUUGGAGAAGGAAUUCCACUUCAACCACUACCUGACCAGGAGGAGACGCAUCGAAAUAGCUCACGCGCUCUGCUUGACGGAGCGUCAAAUCAAAAUUUGGUUUCAAAACCGCCGGAUGAAGUUAAAAAAGGAAUUACGUGCCGUGAAAGAGAUAAACGAGCAACACCGUCAAAAAUCCCAUCCUGCGGAGCGUGACCGCCUUCUGUCGUCGAUGCCUGUUGACACUCGCCAAGACACCUCGUCGUCAGCCACGCCCUCUCAUCAACAGCAUCAUCAUCCAUCAUCUAGUUCACUCAUGAUGAAUUCUUCGUACUCCAAUCACAACCAAUCGAGUUCAAUCGGGAGCUUCUUGCCCCCGCUAGACAAGAGCGGCGGGCUGUCCUCAUUCGGAUCCACUGCUUGUCCCCAAAGUCCGGUACACCUCGAAUCUGCGACCACUCAUCUCCGACAUUGACCACCACAGACGAGCAUGGACGACGUGGUGGUGUUGUGGCUGCCAAACUAGUUGUUCAGUCCUUCUCAAUACGUAAUUGUUCACGACUAAAGUCUGAAACUUACAAACACAAACGAAACCCCUUUGGUGAAAGAAACUUGUAUACGUAAAAUUUGGCAAGACAAACCUGUGUACAUGCUAGAGGAAGUAAUGAAUUUGAUAUUCCAACAUGUAUGUAAAAUCACCCAGACGAAAUUGUUCAGCUUUAACUUGACCAUGGACAACCAGAAAAAAAAACUAUUGUUAUUUCGUCAGAGGAAAAUGGUGCUGCUUAUUAACUCGAUGAAGUUACUUUACCUUACACAAAACAGUGUUUUUGUUGUUCAUUUCGAACCAGUCGUUUGAUCCAAUACACGAUCUAUUUCAGAAUGUUAUAGCAAUUUUGCGCCUAUGUUGACACAUACACAAUAAACUAGCUCAAUCGCUUCAUCCAUUAAACA